AUGGAGCACACAAUUAAGGGGGCCGGUGAGACUGGUCUGGAACAUUCGUUGCGGGACAUGAUUCUGCGCAACACUAACUCGCCAUCAACACACUACAAUAAUCUUCUGUCGCAAGCUGAGACGCCUAGAGUCAAUCAGACUGUCAAUCCACAGGGCUCAAACGCACGACCUCAAUGUAAUGAUUACCAGCGUUCACCACAAACACAACAUCAAGCACCGCAGCCAAGUAGUACGCCGGAUCGCAGAAACCUUCAAUCACAGCAUGCUCCGCAGGCACCGUAUCAUCGAACUGCGAACUAUGCUCAAGCCAAUCGAGGUGCCUUCAGGCAAAAUGACUCACAAUCACCUCAGCGUGGAAGUCGAGGCCCUCAAGCAGGCUACCACGGAUACUCUGGUCGAGGACGCGGCAAUAGUGAUGGCUUUCAUCGAUCUCAGUUUCUACCCCGUGCAGCAGUAGACCCAAACACUUUUCAGCGUGGUGGCCAGUCGCAACAACCGCAUUUGUAUGACCCACGCGUGCAGCAGCAGCACUAUCAGACCUCACGACUUGCCGUCCAUGAAGCACAGUCCCGUUUCCUCGAACAUCUAGCCGCUGCGGAAGUUGCUCGUGUGCGCAUGUCACCAGCUGAGCUCGAGGAAAAGGAGCGAUACCUGGCAGUCCUCUCCGAUGUUUGCCGAGAAGUGUGUGAAGCUGACCCUGAAAAUCUUCCUCUCAUUUCCUUGGAAAGCUUCGGCAGCAUUCGGUCCGGGUUUGCCAAUGCCGGCUCCGACAUGGAUCUUGUCAUAGUGGUCAGGGAUCAGACACCCUCAUCGGCGUGCUUCUCACUACACGAGCGUGGUCUCCCGAGAUCGCUGGAAAGGGCACUGUUGGAUUUGGGCUAUGGCGCUCGCUUGCUCUCGAGAACGCGAGUGCCAAUCAUCAAAGUGUGUCAGAAACCCGGCGAGAACUUAUUGAGCAAGCUUAGGGCCGAGCGGGAGAGGUGGGAUUUGCUGGAUCACGAUAAGAAAUAUCCGGAUACAAAUCAAGUCGAUGCUGCCGAUGUCGAUGUGUCUCAGACUCUGAAGAUCGAUGGUGGCGCUGCUGAGCCUGGUUCUUCUGCUGCCUCUACAGAGGACGGCGAGUUGGACUCGGAACGCUCCGUUAUGAAAGAAGCCACUACCAUCAAUACUUUACCAACGAAAUCACAAGAAACGCAAGAAGAAACGCCAACGUCAACAACUCCACAGAAGAAGUCAACGUGGACACGAGAGCGCCAGGCAGGUCCUCUGGACUUUCCAAAGGACGGCGUGGGGAUUCAGUGUGACAUCAACUUCUUCAACCCAUUAGGCCUUCACAACACGCAACUACUGCGCUGCUACUCUCUUUGUGACGCUCGCGUUCAGCCGAUGGUGCUCUUCGUCAAGCUGUGGGCCAAACGUCGCCGAGUGAACAGUUCCUAUUCUGGCACACUUUCCAGCUAUGGAUAUGUGCUCAUGGUUCUCCACUAUCUGGUCAAUGUAGCGCAGCCUCCAGUGCUUCCCAAUCUUCAGCAUUCAUGGCGCCCCAAUGCCAAUUGUACUCCGCAUGGCGCGAAUCGUGUCGAGGUCGAUAAUUGGACCGUUGACUUCUGGCGCAACGAGGAUGAGAUUUUGUCUGCCAUCGCCGCAGGCCAAAUGGUCUCGAACAAUGAGUCGCUGGGAUCGCUUCUCGCAGGUUUCUUCCAGUACUACUCUUCUCUUGGUGGAGGUGGAGGGAAGUCGCGACCUUUCCACUGGACACGGGAAGUAUUAUCUCUGCGCACGCGCGGUGGUAUUCUUACAAAAGAUGAAAAGGGCUGGGUCAAAGCUGCCACGGAGGAAUCGGAGGGCAAGCGGAUACAGCACCGAUACCUCUUCGCUAUUGAAGACCCAUUCGAACUUGCACACAAUGUCGCUCGUACAGUCACACAUAACGGCAUUGUUGCGAUCCGUGACGAAUUCAGAAGGGCAUUCCGCCUUCUGCAGGCUGUGGGUCAUGGGGAGGAUGUAGGGGCUGAGCUAUUGGCGCCGCUGACUGAGGCAGAGGAGCAAGCGUCAGAAACCAACAAUACCGGCAACGGACACAUCAAAGGCGCCGGUGGUGGCAGAAGACCCGUCGACGGCAAUACACUUCUGCCACCCACUCUUACACGACAGCAGCACGUCCCGCGUUCGGUGACAGCGCCACUGAAUGUGACUUCACAAGAUUCAUUCCCAGCGUUGCCUCGGAGCGCGUCACAGAACAAAGGACGCCAUCGAACUUGA